CUGUGGCGGGGAGAGGACGUGUAGCGCAGUGGUGGUCUGAUCUCCCUCACUCGCUCCCUCUCCUAACUCUUGCUCAUAUUGAAAGAGAGAAACUUGAGCCACUCCAAGCGUUGUGAUUGAGAGGAAACACAGAAAGAAGCUUGUUUUUCUGCUUUUGGUGGAGUUUUUAAGUGUUUUUUUUCUAUUCUUUUUGAGGCUUCGCCCCAUGGUGCACGCCCCCACCCCCGUGUCGCCAUGACGAGCAGCAGCGACCAGUGGGUGGUGUGGGUGUGGGUGUGUGCGGCGGUGUGGGCGUGUGUGCUGCAGGGCGCGGGGGCACAGUUCGCCCUGGUGGUGCCAGCUUUCUCCUUCCCCAAGGCACCCAGACCCUUCGCCUCCCCCCUCAUCAGUUUGCGGCCCGGCGGUGGCGCCCCCCUCACCCAGGGGGCACGCUUGCCCGCCCCCCGCCGCGGCGCUUCCACAAGGGAAAGUGAGAUCGCUGCUAUCUUCCGCGGCGUGGCGUACGGCGCCCCCACCGAGGUCCCUGCCCUUCCCACGCCCACCCUCUCCACGCCCCCACCCCUAACCUCACCGCAGCUCGCACCCGCCCCCACCCCCGCCACCACCACCAUCACCACCACCAGCACACCACUUGUCACCACCACCGCCAUUCCCUACAUCACCACCACCCCUGGCCCGACCACCUCCCCCACCACCUCCCCCGCGGCCACCACCUCCCCGGCCGCUACCGCCACCACUGCCACCACCACCACGGCCCUUGGCGCCCGCACCACUGGUCCCUCGAACGUGCAGGUGGUGUGGGCUGGGCGGGGCGGCCCCAAGGAGCAGUACGCGGUGCCUGGCGUCAACACCACCAGUGGAGAGUCUGUGGGCGUGGUGGCGGCCCGGGACAUGGGCGUGGUGCGAGGGCGGCUGGGCGCGGCCUGGUGGGUACACGUGUAUGUUUCCGCAGGGCUGCUGGCACUCGUAGCCGCCGCCGCCCUCUGCUGUCUGGCAAGGGACGCCCACGCCUCACCGCGCCCGCGCCCCGCCCUUCUGGCCGCCCACGCCCUGGUAUUUCUUGCCGCCGCACUGCGCGCCCUGCACCUGCUGCACGACCCCUACGGCGCAGGGGGGCGGCUGCCCCUGGUUGCCUCCGCCGUGAUGUGGGAGGCGGCGUGGCCGUGCCUCACUGCCGCCCCUAGCCCUGCUGGCGCUGCUGCUGCUGCGAGCGGGUCGCCGUGA